GAUGUGCUUAAUGCUAAUCUCUUCGACUUCGUGAAUGAUAAAGUUGCAGCUGGCAAUCCUGUUAUGGAAGUUCAAGAAGAAGAUGGUACCUCUGAGGAUAUGAUCGAUAUCUCCUCUGACGCUGUUGCUGCCUUCGAGAAUCUUUCGAUACCUGUUGAUAGAACUUAUAAACAAGGUGACCCUCAAGAGGUAGAAGCAUACUCGAAGGUUAAUGAUUUUAUCCCAUCCUUUCCAUUUGUGCUGCCUGGUUUCAGUGUGCGAACACCCUUGCAACAAAACAUGGCUGUCACGAACCUUCCAUCUGUCAUAAGGCCAAAAAUUGGUGAUGUGAAAGGACGUAAUUUUCGUGCUGCCAAAGGUAAUGAAGUCGCUUUCUCCAUUGACGGAUCUCCCAUCGUUGUUUUGCCUACCUCCAGUAUUGAUCAGUCCACUUUGUUGAUGAAGCAGAUUAUUGAGAGUGAAGAGGACGCGUUUUCUCCAAAUUCUCGCGAAGUCGUAUCAAUGUUCAAGUCCUUGAUGCGGAAGAAGAUGGCAGAAACUCAAAGUGAAGAUCACCCGCAGGAACUGGAUUGA